CUCUUCUUUGCGUGGCUCUCCGUCACGUUCACGCCGCUCCCGCUCUCCGAGUUGACGUCGAAAAAGCCUGAAAUUAAAAGCGAACUUUCGAGGUGCGCCGAACCGAUGUUGCGCGGGCAGUCGCGUGCGUACACGCCGCUGGUCUUCUCCAAAUUGCACCCUCGGUGCAAUGAGAAGAACAUGUACCCCGCAUCCCUCCGUUCCGUUGCUGAUUCAUUGAUAUGAGUACGCGCACGUCGCGAGACGCUCGUCGCAAUUCGAGAUUUUGCGAGCGAUCGUCGCAACGAUAGUGAAUGCAUCUUGAUUCCCGACCGAGUGGGAUUUCGGAUCUCGGAAUUUCUAUUCGGGAAAAUCGCGAAUGAGAGUGCACGCUCAUCGAAACGGCGACGAGCGUAGUGCCGCGCGGUUUGUUGGAGCGCAGUCGCUCGAUAUGACUGGCAAGUGCGAUCUCGCGUGAUCGCGAUUUCGUUGGAGCAGCGUUUAUCCCGAGCGCGUCCCAUUUCCGGUCGUUCGCCGCUCGGAAGCGCGCCGUAUUCGCGAACGAGUGCGCCGAUCAUGAAUCUGCACGACGUGCGAGCUCACGCGGAUUCGACCGACAAGUCGUUCGCACGGAGCCAAGGGAUCUUUACAUCGAACGCCAAAGCAUGAGGAACGACGCAUUGACGUAAUGAUGCAGAGAGCGGUGCUACUGCUCUGUUGGCUGCCGCUCCUUAACCACUGCCACGCCGUUAAUCCAGGUUGUUCUUGCGUCGUGUAUAGCAGCUCGGACAGGCCUCAAGGUGGCAAAUUUACAUCUCCCGACUUUCCCAGACGAUAUCCACCCAACAUCGAUUGCCUUCUUUACACGUUUGUUGGCCACCCUGACGAGAUCAUUGUUCUAACGUUUGAUAAGUUCAACAUUCGUCGCACCGUGCCCGAUUGUUCCAGGGGAGAUUUCCUGAAGCUAUUUUUACAUCUGGAGAGCAGAGGCGUUUCCGAGUACACGCCUUGGUCUGGUGUGCUUUGCGGAGGACUGCUUGACAUCCCGCAAGUUCUUUACAGCUCAAGAUCGACACUCAUUCUGGAGUUUCACACUGAGAGCCCACCGUCUAAUGCCACUGGCUUCUCCGGCACUUUUAAGUUCAUCGAUAGACGAAUGUUCGAGAUGGACGGUCUAUUGGUACCCGGUACGGUAUGUGACCACAAGUUUGUCAGCUCGCAGUCGACGCCGCAGUAUGGACGAUUCUACUCGCCCCGCUAUCCAUCCUCCUAUCCAAAGAACAUCCGGUGCUCUUACCUCUUCCGGGCAAGAUUGAAGGAGAGAAUUCGUUUGGUCUUCGAGGAGAUUUCUCUUCAAAAAGGAGACCUCAGUUGCCUGAAUAGGGCGGAUUUAAUCAGAGUGCACGACGGGAAGGAUUCAGGGGCGCCCACAAUAGCCGUGCUCUGCAACCAAGGAGCGGAAGUGGAGGUGCUCAGCACGGGACCAGACCUCUACGUCGAAUUCGUCGCUAAUUCCGAGUGGCCGGGCCAGGGCUUCAAGGCGAUGUUCCAAUUCCAGCCAUUGGACGAUGCACCGCAUUCUGAGCCGGACAAGGUCCCAGGGGCCGUUACGGGAAACCCCAAGUACUCGGUCAUCGGACCAGCUGUCAGCGCUACCACGUCACUCUGCGACAUGGUUUACAACAGCGAUUCAACGAAAACGGGCGUAGUCAUGUCGCCUGGAUAUCCAAACUCAUAUCCAGCCAGAUCGCAGUGUACAUACGACUUUCAAGCAAGAGGAAAGGAACGGGUGCAAGUGAUAUUCCAAGACUUGAACCUGUAUCAUACAUCGAGCGACUCAAACAACUGUGAGGGGAAUGACGGGCUGAUGGCGUACGUGUACAUAGACGGGAAGAAGGAGAGAAUAGAUUCGUUUUGCGGGGAAACACCUCCGCGGCCCAUCAUGAGCAACGGUCCGCGGCUUUCUUUGGAGUUUCAUGGAAUGACGUCAUCCCGCUACUCGAGAGGCUUUAAAGCGACGUACUCUUUCAUGGAAAACUUCGGUAUAACGACAGGUCGGCAGGAGGAGAAAUAUCCGUGUGCCUUUGUUUUCAACAGCAACGAGACCCGUAACGGUACGUUCGCGUCGCCAAACUACCCCGGGCUGUACCCUCGUAGCACGGAGUGCCACUACUUCUUCAAUGGUCAACUUAACGAGCGGGUUCACCUUCAUUUCCACUUCUUCGACGUCGAGGGAGUGCCACCGUGCGAAGCUUUAACGGCCAGCGAUUACGUUGAAUUUUCCAACUAUAUGGCCAGAGACCGGAAGUACCCAAGGUACUGCGGUCAGCAGAAAGAAUUCGACGUCUACAGCGACAGGAAGUUCUUUCGUGUUACGUUCAAGAGUAACGAUCGUCUCGAUGCCACGGGCUUUAAUGCCAGCUACGUGUUUCUGGAUGAAGAGGAAAAUUAUACGAUGAAGAUACCUACAACCGGCGGAUCGGCUCGGCACGGUGCCACGUCGCCACCGCCACUGCCGUUGCUGCUGCUGCUGCUGUUCACGUACCGUUUUCUCAUCGGCCGAGUCUCGCAUUAAAAGGUAGUCGCAGCCGGUCGGCCACGCGGAUGGAUUUACAACUGGCUCAAUUUACAACGAAUCGCAACUUUGAGAUCGAGAGCCAUCCAGAAUCACCAGAAGCUCACCGAAGAAAGUGGCGACUUCGUUGAUGAAUUUGUCGAGAGAAAGGGAAAGAAAGAGAAAGAGCGAAUGUAUGCGUGCACGCGUGUAUGUACCUACAAAGUCUAUUAUCCCUCGAGACACAACUUAAGAGAGACGGUCUUAAAUUUAUCCUCGCAUUCCUCCUCAUUCCACCUCGUUCGUGCGUGUUACGUCGACUAGCCCGAGAAGAAAGCAUCGGCAAUAAAGUAUUUUUACGCCGGUUGAACAGCGUGCAGGAGCAGCCGUGAAGAAGCUGUACGGACACGACGUCGUUCGUCAAGAAAACUCAUCGCAGCCCCGUAAGCAGGAAAGUAGGAUUAAUCGGCUGCAUCGCUGAAUUGCUGGCCGAUAGCCUACGUGGGUAAGUUACAGUCGAGCUAAUUCCUUCGGAGAUGGAUUUCUACCUUCAACCGAUCGCUGACAGCACUCUGUAGAAGCAUCGCGAUUUAUCGCCGCUAACGUACGACUGAUCCUGAUUUAAGGAAACGUAUUUUAAAGGCGCGCGGUCAUCCCUCGAUAUUAUUACAUCGAGUUUCACCAUGAUAACUUGAAGCGAAACGAAAUCUCCGUAGACCGUAAUUUCCACCGUUUUCUUUAAUACCGAGAAAGUCUUAAAAUCAUGCUCGCGUGCUCUUUGACAAAGUUUGUCUACUCGUACGACUAUUUAAACUUGGGUUUGCUCAUUCUUGAUGAGUAAUGUUUUUCACCUCUCGUGCGGACAGAUCUCUCGAGUAACCGUAGUCUGUCCGAAUAUUGCUCGAAAAUCAUACCGUAGGAAAAAUUUGCUUUCGCAGACUCGUCACGGACGGAUCUGUCACUACAUCCCCUAUACGACUGUGAUGUUCCCGAUCUUUCGUAGUUCAUUAGAAGGCGAGAACGAGUCUUAUCGUGCGCGAGAGCGGACAUUUCUAUCCAAUAAUUAAGUCCUGGCGGUACUAUUAAUCACCGAUCGCAUCGUGGGAAUUUAGAAAGCGUAUAGUUUAAGACUUCACCGUUGGGAAUCUGGUUUAACAAGCGAGCGUUAAACAAGCAGGAAAAUUGUCGGUUAGUUUAAAGUUUCGGAUUUCGAAUCCACUGCGAAAAUAAUUGACACGUUUAACGUCACGCAUGAGAGUGAUUGACGCGCGAUUCUUCAGAAUGUGCGUGUCCGCACAUUGAAUCGUUUCAAUAAUGAGCAAUACGUGAUCGACCGAAUUUACACGGGCCACUGAAGAUUAAUGGACGAUAUUUUGGAAACACUUUUUGAGAUUGCGAAAUACAUUGGCAUUGCAUUAUUCGACAUCGCGGCAACAUUGGCAUUUACUAAUUCCCCUUCAAUCUGCAUUUGAUGUGAUGAUGCGGAAAAUCGAUCGUGUUCAGCGCAAACCAAUUUUCUCGUCAAUCUGGUACAAUCACACGAGAGUGAAACGUAGUAAAUAUUAUAUAUAUAUAUAUAUAUAUCGAUUUGAUGCCUUUCAAAUGACGACGUUUGUAUUGAUUAUAAAAGUUUAAUUCCUUGUUGCUCUGGAAUUUAAUAUUUUUUAAUUCGGCGUGUUUCAUAUACACGUGUAUAUACGGAAUGUCUCGGCUGUUGCCGUCUUUCUCGUUAGAAUCUCUAAUAGGUUCUUUGACAAAUUAGAAAGUACUUUAUUGUCAUCUUCAUCAAGCGGAAGAUUAAUGAACGUGCCUCAUUCAUCGAGACAUGUCCACUUUUUAUACACUGACGAUCAAACCAUGAAAAAAGCUUCCAGUAAGUUGGAAUCGAUUCAAACUUAAAAUUUAUGAAUUUUAAAGAUGUUUCGCUUUCUCAGAAAAUGGUUUUAUAAUGAAGAAUAUGAAAUAUGGCCCGAAGCAUUUUCUCGAGCUUAUUACAGCAAUUAUGUGACAAAACCAAAUAGCGUCAUUUUCUAACAAUCCACGCGCACACAUCGCGUCGAUACAAACGCGCUGAUUGCGUUUACACAAAAUCGAAUAUCGAAGAGUAUAAACUUGAUAUUGAGUGACUCUGUUCAUGUGAAAAGUCCACGUGGAAGGUGAUACAAGUGAAGAAUAAGAAAUGAACUUUUACGAACUCGAUAUCAAAUUGUGUAUCUAUAGAUACAAAAAAAAUAACUAGGUAGCAAUACUGUCAUUAUAUAUACGUUAGACUCUACUGUGAGUAUUUUUUAAAUAGGUUUAUAAUAUGUUGAUAAAUUCUUCCGAAUUUCCAGUUGAUUUUUACAAAAAGCAGUAUGCCCAUAUGGUGUGACUCAUGCGUUUUCGUGUGUGUAUGCGUGCGUGCAAAAAAUAAAAGGAAUCGCGGUUGUGUGUGUGAUGCGGAUCAGAAAUGUAUGAUCAGAAAUCACUUUUGUUUUCCGUUAUUCCCAUGUUAACGAUAAGAAGAGAAAAAAGGGCAACACUAUUAGUAAGUUGAAUAACUAAAUUGGCACUAUAUGAGAUGCUUAUAUGUAACUAUCACCAUGUAAAUAUUGUUACAUUCAAUUCGUUUUAACAGCUGUCACUAUACAUAGCCACAUUGUCUCUCAUCGUAUAACUAGUGAUUCACCAACAGAAAGAACCGAUUAGAAGCAGAAAUCGCAGUUCUUUGAUAAUCGGAGAAAAUACAAAUCUCUUUUGUUAUUAACUAAUUUGGAUGCAUUGUUAACGUAACGACAUUAAUUUUAUGAUCAAAAUUCUAAUGAUCAACUGAUCGAUAGCAAGUUAAUUUUCUAUAGCAUAUACGCAGAAAUUAAUUAAUUUUAUGAUUAAUUUCAUGAUAGAUAUAAAUUAGUAUUAAUUUUGUAAUUGGCACUUAUGAUCGAUUGAUUGAUUGGGAGUUAAUUUAUUAUAACAUGUAAUUUCAAUGAAAUGGAUUUACAAUAUAAUUCGUUCAUGAGAUAUACUAUUGUCUAUAAAUUUGAAAACGCGUAAAUAAAAUGAAAUUAAAAAGAGAUUAUUCAAUGAAAGAGAUAUUUUAUUUCACGUGUUGUUUUCGAUCAAGCGUGUAAAAGAAGGAAACGCGAAAGUUUCGCCAACUGAGCGAAACUUGACGCAGUUUGUAAUGUUAAAGCUUGAAAGCUUUUUCCAAGUUGUCUCGCAAGACAGAUUGUAUAUUCCUUUGUUAAUUCUUACGUCUAAAGGCGAAUCGAAAAAUUCACAUUAAAAUAAUCGGAAAUGCGACGGCAAUGUACUAGUGGAACGCUGCGUAAUCAAGCGGGAAGUUCAGGGGCGACCUAGCAGCGUGCGUUCCUGAAUCCUAGAAACGUAACUCUUUUCCUUUCGUAUACCGCCUACUACUGGGACCUUACCAGUCGAGUUAACCGAGUGUCGCGCCUGGGGCGCUCCAGACUUUGUCCUGCGGUUAAAACUAUCCGAAAGCAUCGCAGUCGCGCUCCGGAACAAGGGACGACCGUUGAUCGGAGCGGUGACUUCGGUAUCCGCUGAACGCAGCGGAUGUAUUUUCUUAUUCUGUUUUGUGGCUCUUGCCCAAUCGUCUCACACAUGAGUUACGAGAAUGUAAUGCAACAAUCAUCGUUAUUGUCCUAAUAAAUCUUCACGUAUGAAUCCAUACGUCAAUCCUA